CGCGCACGGGGGCCCGGCCACUUGGAGCAGCUCUGCCGCGGGGACUGCACUGUCCGCCCUGCCAGACCCGCCCCGACUAGGGCUCGCCGUCGCCAGCAGUCUUUGCACUGCGACCUCGGGCCCUUCGCUGGCUAUGGCUGCGUCCUGGGACUGAGCCCGCAGGCUGUGUGACCAAGAUUCCUCAAGUGAGUGACUGAUAGAAGAGAAGGAGGGGCGGGCACCUGGCAAGGCAUUUGCUCCUGAACAGAGUCCUGCAAAGAUGGAGAAGGAGGAGGAGACAACCCGGGAGCUGCUGCUGCCUAACUGGCAGGGCAGUGGCUCCCAUGGGCUGACCAUUGCCCAGAGGGACGAUGGAGUCUUCGUACAGGAAGUGAUGCAGAAUUCCCCUGCGGCCCGCACUGGGGUGGUCAAGGAGGGGGACCAGAUUGUGGGUGCCACCAUCUACUUUGACAACCUGCAGUCCGGUGAGGUGACCCAGCUGCUGAACACCAUGGGGCAUCACACUGUUGGUUUGAAGUUGCACCGUAAGGGGGACCGUUCCCCUGAGCCUGGACAGACCUGGACCCAUGAAGUCUUCAGCUCCCGUAGCUCUGAGGUGGUUCUGAGUGGGGAUGAUGAGGACUACCAACGCAUCUACACCACAAAGAUCAAACCACAUCUGAGGUCAGAGGAUGGAGUAGAAGGGGACCUUGGGGAGACCCAGAGCCGUACCAUCACAGUGACUAGAAGGGUCACAGCCUACACUGUGGAUGUGACUGGUCGGGAAGGAGUGAAGGACAUUGACAUCAGCAGCCCUGAGUUCAUGAUCAAGAUACCAAGGCAUGAAGUGACCGAGAUCUCCAGCACAGAUGUGGAAACCCAGUCUGGGAAGACGGUGAUCAGACUGCACUCAGGGUCGGGGGCAACUUCUCCAACCACAGGCUCUGCCAUGGAUAUCCGGGCAGGUGCCAUUUCUGCUUCAGGACCAGAGCUUGAAGGUGCUGGCCAAUCAAAAUUCCAGGUCACUGUGCCUGGAAUAAAGGUGGGAAGUCCAGGCAUCAAUGUCAGUGCAAAAGGCUUGGACUUGGGUGGCAAGGGAGGGACCCAAGUUCCUGGAGUGGACAUUUCACCUUCUCUUGGGUCUGGCUCAGUAGAGGUACAGGGUCCAUCCCUCCAGAGUGGUGAUAUUGGGAAAAUUAAAAUUCCUACCAUGAAGAUGCCAAAAUUUGGUGUCUCAGCAGGCCCGGAGGUGGGGCUUAAUGUUUCUGCACCUGGUGACAAGCCAGGUUUGACCAUUGGUAGUGAUAUUCAGGCUCCUCAUCUGGAAGUCGGUGCCUCCUCUGCCAAUAUUGAGGGCCUUGGGGGGAAGCUGAAGGGUCCCCAAUUCACUGGGCCAUCACUUGAGAGUGACUUAGGUCUGAAAGGUACCAAGCUGCAGGGGAACAUAGGAAUGGAUACUUGUGCUUCCAAAAUUGAGGGCAGCAUCACUGGUCCCACUACGGAAGUUGGAACCCCUGACAUUGAUGUUCAUGGGCUAGGGGGCAAACUAAAUGUGCCCAAGAUGAAAGUCCCUAAAUUCUCUGCAUCAGGUUCAAAGGGAGAGGGAGUUGGCGUUGAAAUGACAUUGCCCACAGGUGAAGUGACACUUCCUGGGGUCUCUGGAGAUGUCAAUCUGCCUGAGAUUGCUACUGGUGGGCUAGGAGGGAAGAUGAAGGGUACUAAAGGCAAGGUUCCUGAAAUGGUUAUCCAGAAACCUAAAAUCUCCAUGCAGGAUGUGGAUCUGAGUGUUGGGUCCUGUAAACUGAAAGGAGAUAUGAAGGUGUCUGUUCCUGAGGUGAAAGGUGAUGUUAAAGGCCCUCAGGUGGCAGUUAAAGGCUCCAGAGUGGAUACAGAGACACCAAACUUAGAGGGGACCUUGACAGGCCCCAAGCUCAGCAGCCCUUCUGGAAAAAUGGGAUCCUGUAGGAUCUCUAUGGCAGAUGUAGACUUAAAUGUAGCUGCACCUAAAGGUAAAGGGGGUGUAGAUAUCAUGCUACCCAAAGUAGAAGGAAAAAUCAAAGCCCCUGAAUUUGAUGUCCAAGGCCCCAAAAUGGAUGUUAGUGUCCCAGAUGUGGACGUUCAUGGCCCAGAAUGGAACUUGAAGAUGCCCAAGAUGAAGAUGCCCAAGUUCAGUGUCCCAGAGGUCAAAGGAGAAGGUCCAGAUGUAGACGUGACUCUGCCCAAAGGAGACAUCAGUAUUUCAGGGCCCAAGGUCAACAUAGAAACCCCAAAUGCCAACAUGGAGAGUCUGGGGGGAAAACUUAAAGGUCCUGACGUUAACCUACCUGAAGUGAGUGUCAAGACUCCAAAGAUGUCUAUGCCUGACGUCAAAGGUGCAAAGGUGAAGGGAGAGUAUGAUUUAACAACACCAAAGCUUGAGGGAGAACUGAAAGGCCUCAAAGUGGACACUGAUACCCCAGAAGUGGAUGUUCAUGGCCCAGGCCUGAAGAUGCCCAAGAUGAAGAUGCCCAAAUUCAGUGUGCCAGGGUUCAAAGCAGAAGGCCCAGAAGUGGAUAUGAACCUGCCCAAGGCUGGUGUGGACAUUGCUGGGCCUAAGGUGGAGGUGAGUGCUCCAGAGGUGAGCAUUGAAGGACCAGAAGGGAAACUGAAAGGACCUAAGUUUAAAAUGCCUGAAAUGAAUAUCAGAGCCCCAAAGAUCUCCAUGCCAGAUGUGGACUUACACUUAAAAGGCCCUAGCGUAAAAGGAGAAUAUGAUGUCACAGUGCCGAGGGCUGAAGGUGAGAUGAAAGUUCCUGAUGUUGAACUUAAAAGUGCCAAGUUGGACAUUGAUGUACCAAAUGUGGAUGUUCAAGGUCCGGAAUGGCACAUGAAGAUGCCCAAGGUGAAAAUGCCCAAGUUUGGCAUGCCAGGCUUCAAGGCAGAGGGUCCAGAAGUGGAGGUCAAUCUCCCUAAGGCCAACAUUGAUGUCUCAGGACCCAAGGUGGGCGUCAAAGCUCCAGAGGUGAACAUUGAAGGACCUGAAGGAAAGCUGAAGGGUCCUAAGCUGGAGGCGCCUGAGAUGAACAUCAAGGCCCCAAAGAUCUCCAUGCCUGAUGUGGAUUUGCAUAUGAAAGGCCCAAAGGUAAAAGGAGAGUAUGAUGUCACAGUACCAAAGAUUGAAGGAGACUUGAAAGGUCCAAAAGUAGAUGUCAGCGCUCCAAAUGUUGAUAUUCAUGGUCCUGAUUGGAACUUGAAAAUGCCUAAGAUUAAAAUGCCCAAAUUUAGCAUGCCUAGUCUCAAAGGAGAAGGCCCAGAGUUGGAUGUGAGCAUGCCCAAGGCUGACAUGGACAUUUCUGUACCAAAGCUAGAUAUUAGUGCUCCAGAUUUGAACCUUGAGGGACCAGAAGGGAAGUUGAAAGGCCCCAAGUUUAAGAUGCCUGAGAUGCAUUUCAAGGCUCCAAAGGCAUCUCUACCAGAUGUGGACCUGGAUCUCAAAGGACCCAAAAUGAAAGGAAAUCUAGACGUGUCUACACCAAAAAUAGAGGGAGAGAUGAAAGUUCCAGACGUGGACAUUAAAGGUCCGAAGGUAGAUAUUAAAGUUCCAGAUGUGGAAGGUCAAGGCCCAGACUGGAGCCUGAAAAUGCCAAAGAUGAAAAUGCCUAAGUUCAGUAUGCCUACUCUCAAAGGAGACGGUCCAGAUGUGGACGUGAACCUCCCUAAGGCUGACAUUGAUGUCUCAGGACCAAAAGUGGACAUUGAAACUCCAGAUGUGAGCCUUGAGGGCCCAGAAGGGAAGCUGAAGGGCCCCAAGUUUAAGAUGCCUGACAUGCACUUUAAGGCUCCCAAGAUCUCCAUGCCCGAUGUGGACUUGAAAGGCCCCAAAGUCAAGGGGGAAAUGGAUGUGACAGUGCCCAAAAUUGAAGGUGAAGUGAAAGUGCCGGAUGUGGACAUCAAAGGUCCCAAAGUGGACAUCAAUGCCCCAGAUGUUGAUGUUCAUGGACCAGACUGGCACCUGAAGAUGCCCAAGAUGAAAAUGCCGAAGUUCAGCAUGCCCGGCUUCAAAGCAGAAGGCCCUGAAGUGGAUGUGAACCUGCCAAAGGCUGACAUUGAUGUGUCAGGACCCAACGUGGACAUUGAGGCUCCAGAGGUGAGCAUCGAGGGCCCAGAAGGGAAGUUGAAAGGCCCCAAGUUUAAGAUGCCUGAUAUGCAUUUCAAGGCUCCCAAGAUCUCCAUGCCUGAUGUGGACUUAAAUAUUAAGGGGCCCAAAGGAAAAGCAGAUGUGGAUGUAUCAUUGCCUGAGGUAGAAGGUGAAAUAAAAGUGCCAGAUGUGGACAUUAAAGGGCCCAAAGUUGGCAUUGAUGUUCCAGAUGUUGAAAGUCAUGGCCCAGACUGGCACCUGAAGAUGCCUAAAAUAAAAAUGCCCAAAUUCAGCAUGCCUGGCUUCAAAGGAGAGGGCCCCGAAGUAGAUGUGAAUCUGCCAAAGGCUGACAUUGAUGUGUCAGGACCCAAGGUGGACAUUGAUGUUCCAGAUGUGAAUAUUGAAGCUCCAGAAGGGAAACUGAAGGGCCCCAAGUUCAAGAUGCCGAGCAUGAAUAUACAGACACACAAAAUCUCUAUGCCUGAUGUUGGGCUUCAUCUGAAAGGACCCAAACUGAAAAGUGAUGUAGAUGUUUCUCUUCCAAAAGUGGAAGGAGAUUUGAGAGGUCCUGAAGUUGAUGUUAAAGUUCCUAAGAUGGAUGUGGAUGUUGGUGAUAUUGAUAUCGAAUGUCCAGAAGGGAAGCUGAAGGGCCCCAAGUUUAAGAUGCCUGACAUGCACUUCAAGGCCCCUAAGAUCUCCAUGCCUGAUGUGGACUUACACUUGAAAGGCCCCAAAGUCAAAGGGGAUAUGGAUGUGACUGUACCUAAGGUAGAAGGUGAAAUGAAAGUUACAGAUAUAGACAUUAAAGGCCCCAAAGUGGACAUCAAUGCCCCAGAUGUGGAUGUUCACGGUCCAGACUGGCACCUGAAGAUGCCCAAGGUGAAAAUGCCCAAGUUCAGCAUGCCUGGCUUCAAAGCAGAGGGCCCUGAAGUAGAUGUGAACCUGCCAAAGGCUGACAUUGAUGUUUCAGGACCCAAGGUGGACAUUGAUGUUCCAGAUGUGAAUAUUGAAGGUCCUGAUGCAAAACUGAAGGGCCCCAAGUUCAAGAUGCCCAAGCUGAAUAUCAAGGCUCCUAAGAUCUCCAUGCCAGAUGUGGACUUGAAUUUGAAGGGGACUAAGCUAAAAGGAGAGAUUGAUGUUUCUGUUCCAGAAAUGGAAACUGAUCUCGGAGGUCCUCAAGUUGAUAUUAAAGGCCCCAGUCUGGAUGUGAAAGUACCUGAUGCUGACCUGGAAUGUCCUGAUGCAAAGUUGAAAGGCCCCAAGUUUAAGAUGCCUGACAUGCACUUCAAGGCUCCCAAGAUCUCCAUGCCUGAUGUGGACUUACAUUUGAAAGGCCCCAAAGUCAAGGGGGAAAUGGAUGUGGCAGUACCCAAACUAGAGGGAGAAUUAAAAGGCCCCAGUAUGGAUGUGGAAGUACCUGAUGUUGACCUGGAAUGUCCUGAUGCAAAGUUGAAAGGCCCCAAGUUUAAGAUGCCUGACAUGCACUUCAAGGCUCCCAAGAUCUCCAUGCCUGAUGUGGACUUACACUUGAAAGGCCCCAAAGUCAAGGGGGAAAUGGAUGUGACAGUGCCCAAACUAGAGGGAGAAUUAAAAGGCCCCAGUAUGGAUGUGGAAGUACCUGAUGUUGACCUGGAAUGUCCUGAUGCAAAGUUGAAAGGCCCCAAGUUUAAGAUGCCUGACAUGCACUUCAAGGCUCCCAAGAUCUCCAUGCCUGAUGUGGACUUACACUUGAAAGGCCCCAAAGUCAAGGGGGAAAUGGAUGUGACAGUGCCCAAACUAGAGGGAGAAUUAAAAGGCCCCAGUAUGGAUGUGGAAGUACCUGAUGUUGACCUGGAAUGUCCUGAUGCAAAGUUGAAAGGCCCCAAGUUUAAGAUGCCUGACAUGCACUUCAAGGCUCCCAAGAUCUCCAUGCCUGAUGUGGACUUACACUUGAAAGGCCCCAAAGUCAAGGGGGAAAUGGAUGUGACAGUGCCCAAGAUUGAAGGUGAAAUGAAAGUGCCAGAUGUGGACGUUGAAGUUCCUGAUGUAAGCAUUGAAGGGCCAGAAGGGAAGCUGAAGGGCCCCAAGUUUAAGAUGCCUGACAUGCAUUUCAAGGCCCCCAAGAUCUCCAUGCCUGAUGUUGAUUUCAACUUAAAGGGUCCUAAAACCAAAGGAGAUAUUGAUGUUUCAGUCCCAAAACUUGAGGGAGAAUUAAAGGCUCCAGAACUGGAUGUCAAGGGCCCGAAAUUGGAUGCUGACAUGCCAGAAGUAGCUGUGGAAGGCCCAGAUGGUAAAUGGAAAAGUCCUAAAUUCAAGAUGCCAGACAUGCACUUUAAAGCUCCAAAAAUCUCCAUGCCAGACAUUGAUCUUCACUUAAAGAGUCCAAAGAUAAAGGGGGAGGUUGAUGUAGAGGUUCCCAAAUUGGAAGGAGACUUCAAAGGGCCAAAUGUGGACAUGAGUGGGCCAGAUAUUGAGAUCGAAGGACCAGAAGGCAAAUUGAAAGGCCCUAAGUUUAAAAUGCCUGAAAUGAACAUCAAAGCCCCCAAAAUCUCCAUGCCUGAUUUGCAUCUUAAGGGUCCAAAGAUAAAGGGUGAUGUGGAUGUUUCCCUACCCAAAGUGGAAGGAGACCUCAAAGGCCCAGAGGUUGACAUCAAGGGACCCAAAGUGGACAUUGAUACUCCAGAUGUUGAUGUUCAUGGUCCAGAUUGGCACCUGAAGAUGCCCAAGUUGAAAAUGCCCAAGUUCAGCAUGCCUGGCUGCAAAGGAGAUGGCCCUGAAGUGGAUGUGAAUCUACCUAAGGCUGACAUUGAUGUGUCAGGACCCAAAGUGGACAUUGAAGGCCCUGAUGUAAACAUUGAAGGACCAGAAGGAAAGUUGAAAGGUCCUAAGUUCAAGAUGCCAGAGAUGAACAUCAAAGCCCCCAAGAUCUCCAUGCCUGACAUAGAUUUAAACCUGAAAGGCCCCAAAGUGAAGGGUGAUGUAGACGUGUCUCUGCCAAAAGUGGAAGGUGAGAUUAAUGUUCCUGAAGUUGACAUCAAGGGACCCAAAGUGGACAUUGAUGUCCCUGAUGUAGAUGUUCAUGGUCCUGAUGCAAAACUGAAGGGCCCCAAGUUCAAGAUGCCUGAGAUGAACAUCAAGGCUCCUAAGAUCUCCAUGCCAGAUUUGCAUCUUAAGGGUCCCAAGGUAAAGGGAGAUGUGGAUGUUUCCCUGCCCAAAGUGGAAGGAGACCUCAAAGGCCCAGAGGUUGACAUCAAGGGACCCAAAGUGGACAUUGAUGUCCCUGAUGUAGAUGUUCAUGGUCCAGAUUGGCACCUGAAGAUGCCCAAGGUGAAAAUGCCCAAGUUCAGCAUGCCUGGCUUCAAAGGAGAGGGCCCUGAAGUGGAUGUGAAUCUACCAAAGGCUGACAUUGAUGUGUCAGGACCCAAAGUGGACAUUGAAGGCCCUGAUGUAAACAUUGAAGGUCCUGAUGCAAAACUGAAGGGCCCCAAGUUCAAGAUGCCUGAGAUGAACAUCAAGGCUCCUAAGAUCUCCAUGCCAGAUUUGCAUCUUAAGGGUCCCAAGGUAAAGGGAGAUGUGGAUGUUUCACUGCCCAAAGUGGAAGGAGACCUCAAAGGCCCAGAGGUUGACAUCAAGGGACCCAAAGUGGACAUUGAUGUCCCAGAUGUAGAUGUUCAUGGUCCAGAUUGGCACCUGAAGAUGCCCAAGGUGAAAAUGCCCAAGUUCAGCAUGCCUGGCUUCAAAGGAGAGGGCCCUGAAGUGGAUGUGAAUCUACCAAAGGCUGACAUUGAUGUGUCAGGACCCAAAGUGGACAUUGAAGGCCCUGAUGUAAACAUUGAAGGUCCUGAUGCAAAACUGAAGGGCCCCAAGUUCAAAAUGCCUGAGAUGAACAUCAAGGCUCCUAAGAUCUCCAUGCCAGAUUUGCAUCUUAAGGGUCCCAAGGUAAAGGGAGAUGUGGAUGUUUCCCUGCCCAAAGUGGAAGGAGACCUCAAAGGCCCAGAGGUUGACAUCAAGGGACCCAAAGUGGACAUUGAUGUCCCAGAUGUAGAUGUUCAUGGUCCAGAUUGGCACCUGAAGAUGCCCAAGGUGAAAAUGCCCAAGUUCAGCAUGCCUGGCUUCAAAGGAGAGGGCCCUGAAGUGGAUGUGAAUCUACCAAAGGCUGACAUUGAUGUGUCAGGACCCAAAGUGGACAUUGAAGCCCCUGCUGUAAACAUUGAAGGUCCUGAUGCAAAACUGAAGGGCCCCAAGUUCAAGAUGCCUGAGAUGAACAUCAAGGCUCCUAAGAUCUCCAUGCCAGAUUUGCAUCUUAAGGGUCCCAAGGUAAAGGGAGAUGUGGAUGUUUCCCUGCCCAAAGUGGAAGGAGACCUCAAAGGCCCAGAGGUUGACAUCAAGGGACCCAAAGUGGACAUUGAUGUUCCAGAUGUGAAUAUUGAAGGUCCUGAUGCAAAACUGAAGGGCCCCAAGUUCAAGAUGCCUGAAAUGAACAUCAAAGCUCCCAAGAUCUCCAUGCCAGAUUUGGACCUCAAUCUUAAAGGCCCCAAAUUGAAAACAGAUAUGGAUGUUUCACUUCCAAAUGUAGAGGGUGAUUUGAAAGGGCCUUCUCUUGAUAUAAAGGGUCCCAAAUUAGACAUUAAUGCUCCAGAUGUUGACAUUCAUGGUCCUGAGGGCAAAUUAAAAGGUCCCAAACUGAAAAUGCCUGACAUGCAUGUAAACAUGCCUAAGAUCUCCAUGCCAGAAAUUGACCUGAAUUUAAAGGGCUCAAAACUCAAGGGAGAUGUUGAUAUAUCUGGACCCAAAUUAGAGGGUGACAUUAAAACUCCCAAGUUGGAUGUGAAGGGCCCAGAAGUGGACAUUUCUGCUCCCAAGGUCAAUAUUGAAGGGAAAGCAAAGAAAUCUCGUUUUAAGCUCCCCAAAUUUAAUUUCUCUGGGUCCAAAGUUCAGACACCUGACAUGGAUGUUAAAGUUAAAAAGCCAGAUGUUGAUGUAACAGCUCCAAAAGUUGAUAUUAAUGCUCCAGAAGUUGAAGUCCAAGGCAAAGCGAAAGGAUCCAAGUUUAAAAUGCCUUUCCUGAGUAUUUCAUCUCCCAAAGUUUCUAUGCCUGAUGUGGAGCUAAAUUUGAAAGGCCCUAAAGUCAAAGGAGACUUAGAUUUAGCAGGUCCAAAUUUAGAGGGUGACUUUAAAAGCCCCAAAGUGGAUAUUAAAGCACCAGAAGUUCAUCUUAGUGCACCUGAUGUGGAUGUUCAUGGUCCAGAAUGGAAUCUGAAGAUGCCCAAGAUGAAAAUGCCCAAGUUUGGUGUGUCUGGCUUCAAAGCAGAAGGGCCUGAUGUGGCUAUGGAUUUACCAAAAGGAGACAUCAAUAUAGAAGGUCCAAGGAUGAAUAUAGAAGGACCAGAACUCAAUGUGGAAUGUCCAGAGGGAACCUUAAAAGGCCCCAAAAUUCAGAUGCCUGAGAUGAACAUCAAAGCCCCCAAGAUCUCUAUGCCUGACAUUGACUUAAACCUGAAAGGCUCAAAGGUAAAAGGUGAUGUAGAUGUUUCUCUUCCCAAACUUGAAGGGGAUGUUAAAGGGCCUAAAGUUGACAUCAAAAGCCCCAAAAUGGAUGCUCCAGAUGUGGAUGUUCAUGGUCCAGAUUGGCACCUGAAGAUGCCCAAGGUGAAAAUGCCCAAGUUCAGCAUGCCUGGCUUCAAAGCAGAGGGCCCUGAAGUAGAUGUGAACCUGCCAAAGGCUAACAUUGAUGUUUCAGGACCCAAGGUGGACAUUGAUGUUCCAGAUGUGAAUAUUGAAGGUCCUGAUGCAAAACUGAAGGGCCCCAAGUUCAAGAUGCCUGAGGUAAACAUCAAGGCUCCUAAGAUCUCCAUGCCUGACAUUGAUUUGCAUCUGAAAGGUCCUAAAGUGAAGGGAGAUAUGGAUGUGUCUUUGCCCAAAGUAGAAGGUGACUUCAAGGGCCCAGAUGUGGAUAUUACAGGCCCUAAAGUGGACAUUGAUAUUCCUGAUGUUAGCAUUGAAGGUCCAGAGGGCAAACUGAAGGGCCCCAAGUUCAAGAUGCCUGAGAUGAACAUCAAAGCCCCCAAAAUCUCCAUGCCUGAUUUGCAUCUUAAGGGUCCCAAGGUAAAGGGAGAUGUGGAUGUUUCCCUGCCCAAAGUGGAAGGUGACGUCAAAGUCCCUGAAGUUGACAUCAAAGGACCCAAAGUGGACAUCAAUGCCCCAGAUGUUGAUGUUCAUGGUCCAGAUUGGCACCUGAAGAUGCCCAAGAUGAAAAUGCCCAAGUUCAGCAUGCCUGGCUUCAAAGGAGAUGGCCCUGAAGUGGAUGUGAAUCUACCUAAGGCUGACAUUGAUGUGUCAGGACCCAAAGUGGACAUUGAAGGCCCUGAUGUAAACAUUGAAGGACCAGAAGGAAAGUUGAAAGGUCCUAAGUUCAAGAUGCCAGAGAUGAACAUCAAAGCCCCCAAGAUCUCCAUGCCUGACAUAGAUUUAAACCUGAAAGGCCCCAAAGUGAAGGGUGAUGUAGACGUGUCUCUGCCAAAAGUGGAAGGUGAGAUUAAUGUUCCUGAAGUUGACAUCAAGGGACCCAAAGUGGACAUUGAUGUCCCUGAUGUAGAUGUUCAUGGUCCAGAUUGGCACCUGAAGAUGCCCAAGGUGAAGAUGCCCAAGUUCAGCAUGCCUGGUUUCAAAGGAGAUGGCCCUGAAGUGGAUGUGAAUCUACCAAAGGCUGACAUUGAUGUGUCAGGACCCAAAGUGGACAUUGAAGGCCCUGAUGUAAACAUUGAAGGUCCUGAUGCAAAACUGAAGGGCCCCAAGUUCAAGAUGCCUGAGAUGAACAUCAAGGCUCCUAAGAUCUCCAUGCCAGAUUUGCAUCUUAAGGGUCCCAAGGUAAAGGGAGAUGUGGAUGUUUCCCUGCCCAAAGUGGAAGGAGACCUCAAAGGCCCAGAGGUUGACAUCAAGGGACCCAAAGUGGACAUUGAUGUCCCAGAUGUAGAUGUUCAUGGUCCAGAUUGGCACCUGAAGAUGCCCAAGGUGAAAAUGCCCAAGUUCAGCAUGCCUGGCUUCAAAGGAGAUGGCCCUGAAGUGGAUGUGAAUCUACCAAAGGCUGACAUUGAUGUGUCAGGACCCAAAGUGGACAUUGAAGCCCCUGAUGUAAACAUUGAAGGUCCUGAUGCAAAACUGAAGGGCCCCAAGUUCAAGAUGCCUGAGAUGAACAUCAAGGCUCCUAAGAUCUCCAUGCCAGAUUUGCAUCUUAAGGGUCCCAAGGUAAAGGGAGAUGUGGAUGUUUCCCUGCCCAAAGUGGAAGGAGACCUCAAAGGCCCAGAGGUUGACAUCAAGGGACCCAAAGUGGACAUUGAUGUCCCAGAUGUAGAUGUUCAUGGUCCAGAUUGGCACCUGAAGAUGCCCAAGGUGAAAAUGCCCAAGUUCAGCAUGCCUGGCUUCAAAGGAGAUGGCCCUGAAGUGGAUGUGAAUCUACCAAAGGCUGACAUUGAUAUGUCAGGACCCAAGAUGGAUAUUGACUCUCCUGACAUUGACAUUCAUGGUCCAGAGGGGAAACUGAAGGGCCCCAGGUUUAAAAUGCCUGAUCUCCACCUCAAGGCACCCAAGAUCUCAAUGCCAGAAGUUGACCUGAACCUGAAAGGUCCAAAAGUGAAGGGUGAUGUAGAUGUUUCUCUGCCCAAAGUGGAAGGAGACCUCAAAGGCCCAGAGGUUGACAUCAAAGGACCCAAAGUGGACAUUGAUGUUCCAGAUGUGAAUAUUGAAGGUCCUGAUGCAAAAUUGAAGGGCCCCAAGUUCAAGAUGCCUGAGGUAAACAUCAAGGCUCCUAAGAUCUCCAUGCCUGACAUUGAUUUGCAUCUGAAAGGUCCUAAAGUGAAGGGAGAUAUGGAUGUGUCCUUGCCCAAAGUAGAAGGUGACUUCAAGGGCCCAGAUGUGGAUAUUACAGGCCCUAAAGUGGACAUUGAUAUUCCUGAUGUUAACAUUGAAGGUCCAGAGGGCAAACUGAAGGGCCCCAAGUUCAAGAUGCCUGACGUGAACAUCAAAGCCCCCAAGAUCUCCAUGCCUGACUUUGAUUUGCAUCUGAAAGGUCCUAAAGUGAAAGGAGAUAUGGAUACUUCCUUGCCUAAAAUGGAAGGUGAACUAAAGGGCCCUGGUAUCGAUAUCAAGGGCCCAAGUGUGGAUAUUGACACUCCUGAUGUCAAUAUUGAAGGUCCAGAAGGAAAAUUAAAAGGGCCCAAAUUCAAAAUGCCAGACAUGCAUAUCAAAACUCCAAAGAUAUCCUUGCCUGAAUUUGACUUAAAUCUUAAAGGGCCCAAGGUAAAAGGAGAUGUGGACCUUGCCGUACCUAAGGUGGAAGGUGACCUCAAAGGGCCAGAGAUAGACAUUGAGGGCCCUGAAGGAAAACUCAAAGGUCCAAAGUUUAAGAUGCCAGAUGUUCAUUUCAAAACCCCACAAAUUUCAAUGAGUGACAUUGAUUUGAACAUGAAAGGACCUAAGAUAAAGGGAGAUUUGGACAUUUCUAUUCCUAAAGUAGAAGGGGAUUUGAAAGGUCCCAAAGUGGAUGUCAAAGGCCCCAAACUGGACAUCGACACUCCUGACAUUGACAUUCAUGGCCCAGAAGGAAAGCUGAAGGGUCCUAAGUUUAAAAUGCCUGAUCUCCACCUCAAGGCACCCAAGAUCUCAAUGCCAGAAGUUGACCUGAACCUGAAAGGUCCAAAAGUGAAGGGUGAUGUGGACGUGUCUCUGCCAAAAGUGGAAGGAGACCUCAAAGGCCCAGAAGUUGACAUCAAAGGACCCAAAGUGGACAUUGAUGUCCCAGAUGUGGAUGUUCACAGUCCAGACUGGCACCUGAAGAUGCCCAAGAUGAAGAUGCCCAAGUUCAGCAUGCCUGGCUUCAAAGCAGAGGGCCCUGAAGUGGAUGUGAAUCUACCAAAGGCUGACAUUGAUGUGUCAGGACCUAAGGUGGACAUUGAUGUUCCAGAUGUGAAUAUUGAAGGUCCUGAUGCAAAAUUGAAGGGCCCCAAGUUCAAGAUGCCUGAGGUGAACAUCAAGGCUCCCAAUAUCUCUAUGCCUGAUGUGGAUCUUGAGUUAAAAGGACCCAAAGUAAAGGGAGACUUUGAUGUGUCUGUUCCUAAGAUUGAAGGUACUCUCAAAGGACCUGAAGUGGGCCUGAAAGGUCCAGGCUUGGAUUUCGAAGGCCCUGAUGCUAAAUUUAGUGGCCCUACCUUGAAGAUGCCAUCACUUGAUGUAUCUGCUCCUAAAGUAACUGGGCCUGAUGUUAAUUUGCACCUCAAGACACCAAAAAUUGGAGUUUCUGGGCCUAAGUUAGGAGGUGAAGUCGAUCUUAAGGGGCCCAAAGUCGAUUUAGAAACUCCAAGCUUAGAUGUCCACAUGGAGAGCCCAGAUAUUAAUAUUGAGGGGCCAGAUGUUAAAGUUCCGAAGUUUAAAAAGCCCAAGUUUGGAUUUGGUGCAAAAAGCCCAAAAGUUGACAUCAAAACACCUUCAGUUGAUGUGACUAUGCCUGAAGCAGAGCUGAGUGUUGAGACUCCUGAAGUAAACAUUGGUGGAAAGGGCAAGAAAAGCAAGUUUAAAAUGCCUAAAAUUCACAUGAGUGGCCCUAAAGUUAAGGCCAAAAAGCAGGGAUUUGACUUGAAUGUUCCUGGAGGUGAGAUUGAUGCCAGUCUCAAGGCCCCUGAAGUGGAUGUUGGUGUGGCAGGACCUGAUGCUGCACUCAAAGUUGAUGUAAAGUCUCCCAAAGUCAAGAAAACCAUGUUUGGGAAAAUGUAUUUCCCAGAUGUAGAAUUUGACAUUAAGUCACCUAAAUUUAAAGCAGAGGCUUCCCUACCUAGCCCCAAGAUGGAGGGUGAAAUCAAGGUACCUGAUCUGGAUAUGUCUUCACCAGGGGUUAAUGUGGAAGCUCCUGACAUUCAUGUGAAAGCUCCCAAGUUCAAGGUCCCAGGUGUGGACGUCUCAGGGCCAAAGAUAGAGGGCAACCUGAAAGGUCCUAAGGUGCAGGCAAACUUGGGCACACCUGACAUCAACAUCGAAGGCUCUGAUACCAAGAUCAAAGCACCCUCAUUUAGUGUUUCUGCUCCUCAAGUCUCCAUACCUGAUGUGAACGUUAAGUUGAAAGGACCAAAGAUAAAGGGUGAUAUCUCCAGUGUGGGACUCGAAGGACCUGACAUAGAUUUGCAAGGUCCAGAAGGAAAAAUCAAGUUCCCUAAGUUUUCACUGCCCAAGAUCAGUGCCCCUGGUGUGAAAAUGGAAGGUGGGGGCACUGAGAUCUGUGCCAAGAUGCCCUCCUUUGAAGGAGGCUUGAGCACAUCAGAUGUUAAGUUUGAAGGGCCUGAUAUGUCUCUAAAGGGCUCAGGAGUGGACUUGCCUUCAGUGGACCUCUCUAUGCCAAAAGUUUCUGGGCCUGAUCUUGACCUGAACUUGAAAGGACCAAGUCUGAAGGGAGACCUGGAUGCAUCCAGUCCCAGCAUGAAGCUGCAGGCUCCAGGUCUUGACCUCAAAGGUAUUGGUGGAAAAGUAAAGAUAGGAGGCGAUGGCAUGAAAGUGUCAGGGAUUGAUGCCACAACAGCACUUAAUGUGGGGGCACCAGAUGUGACACUGAAGGGACCAAGUCUACAGGGAGAUCUGGCUAUGUCUGGGGACAUCAAGUGUCCUGAAAUAUCUGUGGGUGCUCCUGAUCUCAGCUUGGAGGCCUCAGAAGGUGGUGUCAAACUUCCCCACAUGAAGCUGCCUCAGUUUGGCAUCUCUACUCCAGGGUCCGACUUGGACAUUAACAUCAAGGGGCCACAAGUUUGUGGAGAACUAAAGGGGCCAGGGAUGGAUGUGAAUCUGAAAGGGCCCCAGAUCUCAGCACCAAGCAUGGGCUUUAACUUGGAAGGACCAAAAGUGAAGGGGGGCCUUGGGGCCACUGGUGAAUUGAAAGGCCCAGCAGUUGGGGGAAGUCUUCCGGGUAUCAGUGUUCAUGGCCUAGAAGGAAAUCUCCAAAUGCCUGGAAUUAAGGCUUCUGGGUGUGAUGUGAAACUCCCAACGGGGCAGCUUUCUGGUCCUGAAAUUAAAGGAGAUCUGAAAGGUGCAGGAAUAGGUCUCCAUGAUAUCAAUGUCAAGGGGCCUUCCUUUAACACAGCGUCUCCCGAGUCAGAUUUUGGUGUCAGCUUGAAGGGCCCUAAAGUCAAAGGAGGUGUAGAUGUUUCAGGGGGUGUCAGUGUCCCAGACAUCAGCUUGGGUGAAGGGCAUCUGAGUGUCAAAGGCUCUGGGGUUGAGUGGAAGGAACCCCAGGUCUCCUCCUCUCUAAACUUGGAUACAUCUAAACUUGCUGGGAACUUUCAUUUCUCAGGACCAAAGAUAGAAGGAGGUGUGAAAGGAGGCCAGAUUGGACUCCACGGUCCCGGGCUGAGUGUGUCUGGGCCUCAGGGUCACUUGGAAAGUGGAUCUGGAACAGUAACAUUCCCCAAGAUGAAGAUCCCCAAAUUUACCUUCUCUGGCCGUGAGCUCAUUGGCAGAGAGGUGGGGGUGGAUGUCAACUUCCCUAAAGUAGAGGCCAAUGUGCAGGCAGGUGCAGAAGGUGACUGGGAAGAGUCUGAAGUAAAACUUAAAAAAUCCAAAAUCAAAAUGCCAAAAUUUAAUUUUUCCAAGCCUAAAGGGAAAGGUGGUGUCACUGGCUCACCAGAAGCAUCGAUUUCGGGGUCCAAAGGGGACCUGAAGAGCUCAAAGGCCAGCUUGGGCUCUCUGGAAGGAGAAGCAGAGGCUGAAGCAUCUUCACCAAAAGGCAAAUUUUCCCUGUUUAAAAGCAAGAAACCAAGACACCGCUCCAACUCCUUCAGCGACGAGAGGGAGUUCUCUGCUCCUUCCACCCCAACUGGGACUUUGGAGUUUGCAGGUGGAGAAGUUAAAGGCAAACACGGAAAGCUGAAAUUUGGUACCUUUGGUGGGCUGGGUUCAAAGAGCAAAGGUCAUUAUGAGGUGACAGGGAGUGAUGAUGAGGGAGCCAAGUUACAGGGGAGUGGAGUGUCUUUGGCCUCAAAGAAGUCCCGACUGUCUUCCUCCUCUAGCAAUGACAGUGGGCCUAAGGUUGGCAUCCAGCUUCCUGAAGUAGAACUAUCAAUUUCCACAAAGAAAGAGUAGUGGCCCUUGAAUGUGUGUACAUAUAUAUAAAUACAUCAGCCUUGGGUGUGUUUGUAUAUAAACUCCAAAGAGAAACACCCCAACAGCCUCAGCAAUAAUACAAAGAUCUUGCCUCUACCAGUGGCAAGCGUUGACAAACCAAGUGCCUCUAGGCCCCUGGGACUCUGCAGCUAGGUAAAGGGUUCUAAGUUCAUCCAGCCCAUGUGCAAAGUCAUCAGUAUUUGCCUUAAUAUUUCAGUUUUUUGGUUUCUUUCUUUCUUCUUCUUUUUUUGCAUUGAACGCUGAGAGCUCGUGUUUACUAAGCAAGCUUUGUGUUUAUCAUCCUUAUUUUUACUGAAUAUUGUUAGUACCUGGGUAAUGGAAACCCACUUUUUUUUUUCAUUGUAAUGACUUUGGGGACUUUGAGUAAGGGAGGGUGGUAUAAAAAGUAGCAGAGGGGGCCAGGCUUAGUUGCUCUGAAGGUUGGAAAUGUACAAACACCCUGGCAUGGCUCAGAGGAGGUGGCAGCUAGCAGUGGAUGUUUCACAAUUCCCUGUAGCAUGAUUUGUUUUAUCCCCAGGUGUGUUAGUCCUAGCCUAGGUUGGUGCUCAAGGUGAGACGGGGAUUUGAAUCUGUUUGCAAAUUGUCCAGCCCAUCAGGUCAAGGUGAGGGGCUUCCCUUCUGGGUUUGGUAAGAAAAGUAUUCAUUCAUGACUGCCAUGUUCUGAGAAAAGUUCUGAUUCCUUUUUAACAAAUGUCAUCGUGAUUAAGGAAAUGUCUGGCACUUUAAUGGCAAAUUAAUUCAGAAUGUAAGAAAGUUGAUGCUGUACAAGGCAAAUAAAGCCAUUUAUUAACCCUGA